GCUGAGAGGGGAGGUGACUCCGGCCGAAGAGGAGGACGCAGAAUGAGGGCCCUGCGGGUCUCCCAAGCACUGGUUCGCUCUUUCAGCUCAACCGCCCGGAACCGCUUUGAGAACCGAGUGGCUGAGAAACAGAAAGUCUUCCAGGCGGACAAUGACCUCCCAGUACACUUGAAGGGCGGGGCAACAGACAACAUCCUGUAUCGACUGACCAUGGGCCUGUGUCUAGGGGGCACCGUCUAUAGCCUGUACUGCCUUGGCUGGGCCUCCUUCCCUCACAACAAGUGAGACAAGAAGCCUGCAGGACCUGAACAAGCAUCAAUAAAUGUGCUGGCUUCUUGGGGAACCCAGCCCAACCGUG